CUCCUUGGAUGUUCAGAAUGCUUUGUUCACGGUGACAAAAUUCCCUCAAAAAAUGAAAAAUUCAGUUGUUAGUGAUAAUGGUUUGGCUAAAACAGACUCAAAGCUUACAGAGGAGAUGCUAGAGUCUACUUCUCGUAUAAGUAUAGUCGAGAAAGUUAAUUCUGAGGUUCAAAAUGUGGAGAGUGAAAUGAGUAAUGUAGUGGAUGAAGGACAACAAGGAGAAACCAAAACAAUUGAAAGCAGAGAAGAAAGCUUUGAAGAAGAAGUGGUGUCUGUGGAGUACGUAGGAGGGCUGUCAGACGACAUGAUUGCCGAUGGGCUUUCUCAGCUUGGAAGGUCUGCUGAUGGCACACUGCAAGUCUUUCUUACUCUAUUUCUACCAGGGUGCAAUUUGACAGGCAUUGAGCCGCUAGCAGAAUUCACUUAUCUACAGAGUGUUACACUCUCUUAUAAUUCAUUAACAGAUCUAACACCCCUUGGAAACAUGCCUAACUUGAUCUUCCUUGAUGUAUCUCAUAAUAAACUUACUUCCUUGCUGGACUUCAAGCCACCACUAGCCAUAAGGGAAGUGAACUACUCUUACAAUGAAAUAACUGAAAUACCUGAUCUCUCUGCAUAUCAUUCACUUGUCUGCCUCAAUCUGGAUUACAACAGAAUAACGGAAAUUCAAGGACUAAUGGAGUGUCAUAACCUAAAACACCUCAGCCUCAUGCACAACCAAAUUGAGAAAAUAGCUAACCUAGACAAUUUACCUUUACAAACUCUUGAUUUGAGUUACAACAAGAUCAAAAAGAUUGAGAAUCUGGAUACACUAUUACAUAUACAGAAACUAUAUCUGGCCAAAAACAAUAUAAGAAGUAUGAAAGGUUUGCAGAACCAUCCUAUCUUACAAGAUGUAAAUCUUGAAGAAAAUCAGAUUAUUGACAUAGCAGAAGUCAGAUAUAUCAGGGAGCUGAAGCUUUUACGAAACCUAAAUCUUUUACACAACCCACUUCAGGGCAUGCCAGACUAUCGUCUAUCCAUGAUAUAUAGGAUACAAUCACUUACAGAGCUGGAUAGAGUCAAAAUCACUCCAGAUGAAAAGGUGGCAGCCAUCAACCUUUUCAGUCCUCCAGCAGAAUUGAUAGCAUCACGUGAUCACAUGCUUCAUGUUGUAAGAUCAUUACUUCAGCCAACAAGAAUAUAUGACAGUACUCUACCAAGUACCGAUACGCCGUACCCCAUGUUAGUCCUGUGCGGCCCUAGUGGAUCUGGGAAGAGAUCAUUAGCUAAGCGAUUGUGCCAAGACUUUCCAGACUUCUUUGGUCUUGGAGUUUCACAUACCACACGCCCUCCUCGAAAGAAGGAAGAGAAUGGAGAAGAUCAUUUCUUUGUGACAAAAGAAGAAUUUGAAGCUGAUGCAAUGUCGGGUAAAUUCUUACAAACGUGUCAAGUGGGAAGCUAUCUGUACGGUAUCACCAGAGAUGCAGUGGAAGAGGUUGCAAGGGAGGGACUGGCUGCAGUACUUCACAUGGAGUUAGAGGGAGUGCUAAGCUUCAAGAACACCUACUUCGAGCCCAGAUAUAUACUUAUCGUUCCAGUCAACCGUAAGAUGCAUGAGGAACGAAUGUUUGAGCGUGGCUAUUACACAGAUUCCCAGAUACACUACACUUGUGAUCGGGUAGAGAUGUACCUAUCAAAGCACAGAAAUAGCCCUGGAUUCUUUGACAUGGCUAUAAACUCUGACGAUUUAGGAGAAGCUUACAAACGUCUCAAGCGCCUUAUCAUAGAAUACUUGGGCAUGACUCCUCCAACAACAACGGAGACAAACCUGUACAGCACAAGCGAUGAGACGUCAGUAGAUACAGAGGAAUCAUAUCCUGUUGGAGUUAAAUCAGGGACAAGUAAUACAAGUAUGACCAUUACACUAGCGGCAAGAACCUGGUCACGACCUUCUGGCUCGUCUAACGUCAAAAAUAAGACCAGUACUGCUGAGAAUAAAACACCCGUGGAAGAGCUCUCAUUACUUCGUCGUAAGAACCUGGCUAAAGCAGCCGUAGCUGGCGUCCACGUACUCAGCCUUGAUGAUCUUAUUCUAACCAGGCAAAUCAGCUCUACAGGGUUUCAGGACUCAUCUGUCAAUGCAGACGAAGUGAAGCGGGCAUCUACCUACCCACUAGGGUACGAUACUUCAUUCGUCUCCAUGGCAGCAAACGCAAGCAGUGAACAACAAAGAACAGACUCGAACGAAUCAAACUCUGAGGACGAGCAGACGGAAACCUCAUCGCUCAUGUCAUCAGCGCGGGCAUAUUCUGAGCGGUUUGAAUCUCAUUCUGUGGAUGAAUCAGCCGAGGAUCAAGAUGAACAAGACGGAGGGACGAUCGAUGUCAUGAGACUAGAGUACGGAUCCCAGGCAUCCGAAUCUGUCGCGUUGUCUGCGGGCAUGGAGCAGAUACAUGAUGCUAACUCCAUUUAAAACGUUGCUGUCUUUUCUGCAUGAAAAGUGAUGGCGUUCAUUUUAGACUGACUUGUACAAAGUGCAAAGUUUUUCUGCGCUUGACCGAAAGAUUCGUGGAAUCAAAAGCUUGCGAUAUGCGCCGUUCGUCUCUUCUCUAUCCUAGGUCCCCUUUAAAAAUACGAGACAGUAAUCUAAGUAAAAAUGUCAUGUCUUUUAUUAUUACAACACGAUUAGUAUGGAAAAUGGCGAAUCUCAUUUUUCAGCAGUGAGGAAGGGGCUGCAUAAUAAUAGUUAUAUUGAUUUUUCUACAUAUGGUGGCAAUUUCUAAAUAUUUUUGGAGGGAAUUGACUAGCAAUCGAUGGGAUCUUACCACCGGAAACUAGACUGCUUCAUAAGUCGUGGUUUUCGCUUCUUUAUGGGUUGUGGUCGCGCAACUGCCCACGGUGUGUGAGCGAUAUUUAAUGAAUCGACAAAAGAGCUAAAACACCAAUUUAUGGAAUCAGUAUACACCAAGAAAAAAACAAUGGAAUUUUACAUGUUUUCCAGGAAUUCCAGAAAUAGUGUAAAUAGGUGGGUUUGAGUUUCAGUCGUCAGUCCAAUACUCUUCAAAGAAGUCUUGUUCGCGUUUUCAUUACAAGAGCUUGGCAUAAUACUUUUACAGAUUCAGUCCAACACGCCGGAAUUUUAGAAAAUUUCCAGGAAUUCUAGGAAGUUACAGUACUAACUCUAUAUUGGUCGUUCAACUCUCAUUUCCAGUGAUCCUCAUGAAAUCAUUGUUUCUAACUGGUUUCCACUUCAACAGUUUGGCAUACUUCUUUAAUAGUCUUUUCCAGUAACACCGUAUAUCUGGCAUUCUCAAGUGCUCUUUGAUAAACGUGUAUCCCCUGGAAAGAUAUAAUAGAGGACUAAAGUUACUAAAGGCCCCGUCUAAACGUAUCGGGAUAUUUUUGUAAACGGAAUUUUUUUAUUUCUUUUUUUUCAUUGUCUUUGAAAAUUGCACACUGUAACAUCAACUCUCUUCCUCUCUCCGCCCUAAUCCCCCAUGAAAAAAAACCCCAAACAAACAAAAAAAACAAACAAACAAACAAACAAACAAAAAAAAAACAACAACAACAAAACAAAACAAACACAUGAGAACGCCUGGCUACGCAGGAUAACCUUAACUGCGUAACAACAAGUCUUUAGCAAACUUGAAAUCUUACCUUUCGGCGAUCUGUUGCGCAACAUUGUCAUUAGCUAUAGCAAACUCUAAGAGAUCCCUGAAAAGCGAAAACAAAUGCGUUUCUAUACUUUUUAUUUGAUACAUACCCAGUUUGGUGCGAUGCGUGCAUAUGGGGAAAGUAGGGGAAGUAUAAGGGAUGAACCAUUAUGGAUAACUGAGGGGGAUUGCAGUAAUUUAUGUUUCACGAAAUUUUUUGUAACAACCACUGCAGUAUAAUUUGUUUGUGUGUUUGCUCGAUAUUUCUUUACUGAAAGGAGAGGUUGCGCGAUAUUUUUUGCAGGUGAAGCCGCUUGCUCGAUAUUUUUUUGGGGGAAUUACGCAACCCUCAAUCACCUUAUGGUCCGUCCCUAAGAGGGUUAGGGAAAAAUGUGCACCGCAAGCAAAGCGGAACUUUGCGGUAUAACCUUGGGUGGGGCUACUUUCGUAUCUCCUGAACAGCAACCACCAGAAAAACUAAUCUUUGUUGACUAAAUGACUCACUCCUUUCGAAACCUAAAGACAUUAGUAAACUUUCGGUUUCAUGAUAUCCGGACAUAUCAAUCAAAUUAUAUAUGAAAAGUAAUUCUAACUAUGACCCUAAAAUAGCUUUGUUUUACUUCCAAUUAAACAUGAUCCUUCGUGUG